UUCUUGUUCUUUUUCUUUUUUGAGAAGAGUUUUGUGUCGUUUGUGUGCUCAGCACAAAAGGUUGAAAAAUACACCACCACGCCGCCGCGCUCCGCCGUGCGCAUGCUGUCCCCGCCGCAGAACAUCUCGGCGUCCGGUCCGAUGGCCGCCGCCACAUACAGGUUCUCAGCGCCAACCGCCGGCCGCUCGCGCCGGGGGUCCGGCCCGGAGAGACCUAGUAGUGUAGGCUGAAAUCCGACGCUCCGACCCAAUGCGGCCGCAAAAUCCCCAAUCCUUCUCUGUGCCCUAGAGGCUAGAGCUGCCGCCGCACCGUAGCUCGCCGUCGCCGCAGACGCUUAGUCUCCAAACCCCUGCGCCUCCAACGCGCAUCGCCGCCGCCGCCGAGGUUCCUCAGGAUGAUGAGGCUAUACCGGAUGGAGAAUUAGGCGAGGUCUCCGUUCCAACUUAUGUUAACUCGUUGAAGAAUGAGUUCGCGACACUUCGUUCCGCUGAGAUUAAGGAUAUGGUAGAGAAUAACAAGAUUAAGCUCAGCACCAUUAUGCAGAGCAAUCGCGGUUCUUCAACAAUCUGGCAAACGAGUGCAUUGGAUGGUACAGGUUUAGCCACGAAUCCGCUGACACCUAGGCAAGACGAUGCGUCGUGCUCAACGCUUGGUCUUGAACUGUGCCUUGCUGAGAAAGAUGGUGGCAGUUCUCAAGAAGAUAGUCCGUAUGGCACAUCGACUGCUACUUUGGGUGGAAUUCUCACUGCAAAGAAUGCUAAUAAGCCAAUUGAACUACCAACAGUGUCAGACCUUCCACCUUAUACAACAUGGGUGUUUUUGGACAGGAACCAGAGGAUGACGGAAGACCAAUCUGCAUUUCAUCGACAAAAUAUUUACUAUAAUGCAGAUUGUGGUGGAGCUUUAAUGUUCAGUGAUAGUGAAGAUGAAGUUGUUGAGGAUGAAGAGGAGAAAAGGGAAUUCAAAAGCUCUGAAGAUUGUUUUAUUCGGAUGACCAUUGACGGAUGUGGCAUGUCUGAUGAAGCGCUGGAGACCCUAGCUCACUGUUUUGAGAAGACUCCUGGUGAUAUAAAGGCCAGAUAUGAGAUCUUACAACGAGAGAGUACUGAAAGUUCUUCCAAAGAAGUGUCCAAACUUAAUGCCAAACUGAAAGAUAUCUACCAUGAUAAAGAUUUGGCUGCAGCAUUGGAUUCCUUCGAUAAUCUCUUUUGUCGGCGAUGUCUAGUUUUUGAUUGCAAACUACACGGGUGUUCUCAAGAUAUAAUAUUUCCUGCAGAAAAGCAAUCACCUUGGAACAGCAGGGAUGAUGUACCAUGUGGUAUUCAUUGUUAUAAACUGGCCACCAAACACAAAGAUUCAAUUGCAUACUCACAACAUAAUUCUCCAAGCACAAGAAGUUCUCGGAAGAAGGAUGCACAUCAAAUGGAGAAUAACUCAGCUUUAGUGGAAGAUCGUAAUUAUUUGAUGGUGGAAACAAAUAAUGAGCAUUCAGCAACAGAUGGUCAUGAUAGUUCGAGGAAGGAAGAAUUAGUCGAUAAGAAUAUAUGCAGGCAAGAAGACAAUUUUGUAUCCUGGAUGGUGAUUGAGCACGAGCUUCUAGUUAAAGGUGUGGAGAUUUUUGGAAGGAACAGUUGUUUAAUUGCUCGGAACCUUCUUGCUGGAGAGAAAAGAUGCAGUGAUGUUUUUCAGUAUAUGAAUUAUAUUGAGAACAGCAGCACAUCAGAGGGACAUGGGUUGGGCCUGGGAUCACGGCGUCCUAGAAAGCGAGGAAGGGUCAAGCAUGCCUCAAGAUCUACAGUCUACCGUUUCAUAAGGAAAAGGAUUGCAGCAAUGAAGGGUGAGCUUCGUCAGCAUUACAAUCCAUGUGGUUGUCAAUCGGCAUGUGGGAAACAGUGUCCAUGUCGGAAAAAUGAUACAUGCUGUGAGAAAUUCUGUGGGUGUCCGAAAGCAUGCAAGAAUCGUUUUCGAGGCUGUAAUUGUGCAAAGGCUCAGUGUCGCAGCCGCCAGUGCCCAUGCUUUGCUGCUGACAGGGAAUGUGAUCCUGAUGUGUGCAGAAAGUGUGGGGUAGGGUGUGGUGACGGUUCACUGGGUGUCCCCAACCAAAGAGGUGAUAAUUAUGGAUGUCAGAACAUGAAACUGCUUCUUAGACAACAACAAAAGGUCGUACUUGGGAGAUCUGAUGUUUCUGGCUGGGGAGCAUUCGUUAAGAAUACUGUUGGCAAGGAUGACUGUCUUGGGGAGUACACUGGGGAGCUUAUCUCUCAUAGGGAAGCAGCCAAGCGUGGACAGAGAUAUGACCGUGAGAAUUCAUCAUUCCUUUUCAACUUAAAUACUGAGUUUGUUCUCGAUGCCUUCAGGAUGGGCAACAAGCUGAAGUUUGCCAACCAUUCCCCUGAUCCGAAUUGCUAUGCCAAGGUUAUGUUUGUAGCAGGCGACCAUAGGGUGGGCAUAUUCGCCAAUGAGCGGAUUAAUGCAGGCAAGGAGAUUUUUUAUGAUUACCAUUACGCGCCUGACGAAGCACCAGCGUGGGCUCUGAAGGCUGAUGAUGCCACUGGAGCGAAAGACCCCGGCCAGUCUUCCAGUGGAAGCGCAAAGAAGGCUGAUGCUCCUGGAGCGAAAGACCCCGGGCAAUCUUCCAGCGGACGAGCAAAGAGGCCUGGGAAGUCUUCCAGAGGGCGACCGAGGAAGCAUGCCCGGUGAAGAAACACCAUUGGUUGAUUCUUCUGUCGCGGGGCCGAAAUUCAGAAGCUAUGUCAGCAACUUUAUUUGGUUUGAACUUUGACAUUCGUUGGCACCUUUAUCAGCACUCCUUGUGGAUGGAGCAUGAACCAUUUAAUAAGUGUCGGGUUUUAUUCAGCCCUAGGGCUUGUAAUAAGGUGCCCACGCCGUAGCGGCGAUUGGGGUCAGUGGUGUUGCUGGCAUCCGGUCUAUUUCGCUGGAAACUGCACCGGACGCUGUGUCAGUUUCGGUGGCUGGCUAUCAUGC